CAGUGUUUCGGUUGGUCGUCGGGUAAAAGGAACAACCCCAGAUCACGUGCACCUCUAUGCGGUAAUCCAGCCGGGUCUCAGGACGUACCUUGUACUAUAAAAGAUGGCACAUUUGUGCAUCCCGAGCUUCGAGGCGGGGAAGUGUUUCCAAGCUUCAUUCAGCGUAUCGAUCAUUUUAUUUCUACGAGGUUUAUGAUAUUAUACGGAUUAUUUGGCAUUGAAGCGUGUGAGAGAGAAUACUGAGAGCUUUGAAGAUUACCACCCAACCACCACCAACAAUGCCACCCCACGCCCAAGACGCCCUCCAGCACCGCUCCCUCACCGACCCGGAAUCCUUCUGGAGCGAGCAAGCCGCCCAACUCACAUGGCACAAGAAGCCCACCCGCGCCCUCACGCUCACCCAAAAGACGCUUAAAUCCGGCAUAUCGCACGACCACUGGGAGUGGUUCGCCGGCGGCGAGAUCUCGACUUGCUAUAACUGCGUUGACCGCCACGUCGAGGCUGGGAAUGGGGAUAGUACGGCGAUUAUAUGGGAGAGUCCCGUGACGGGGGGGAAGACGACGUAUACGUAUAAGCAGUUGCUGGAUGAGGUGGAGGUGUUUGCGGGGGUGUUGAGGGAGGAGGGGGUUAAGAGGGGGGAUGUGGUGUUGUUGUAUAUGCCCAUGAUCCCCGCAACCCUCAUCGGCACCCUCGCCAUCUCGCGCCUCGGCGCCAUCCACGCCAUAGUCUUCGGCGGCUUCGCCCCCGCCGCCCUCGCCCAACGCAUCGAGGACUCCAAGCCCGUCGCCCUCCUCACCGCCUCGUGCGGCAUCGACGGCUCCAAGCCCGCCGUGAGCUACACGCCCUUCGUGCGGGAAGCUAUCGCGCUGUCGUCCCACAAGCCUUCCAAGACGAUAAUCUGGCAGCGCGACCAGCUGCGUUGGAAGCUUGAUAAGCCGGCGGGGGAGAGGAAUUGGCAGAGGUCGGUUAGGAGUGCCAGGUUUCGCGGGGUGAAGGCGGGAUGUGUGCCGGUGAAGUCGUCGGAUGGGCUUUAUAUCAUCUACACCUCUGGAACGACGGGGUUGCCGAAGGGGGUGUUGCGUGAGGCGGGCGGGCAUGCGGUGGGGUUGCAUUUGUCGAUUAGCUAUGCCUUUGGCAUCCGUGGACCAGGCGAUGUGAUGUUCUGCGCCUCUGAUCUGGGAUGGGUAGUCGGGCAUAGCUACAUCCUGUACGCGCCCCUCCUCACCGGCGCCGCGACGGUGCUGUACGAAGGCAAGCCCGUCGGCACUCCCGACGCCGGCGCAUUCUGGCGUAUCAUCGAGGAGCAUAAGGUUAACACCCUCUUCACUGCACCCACGGCGCUGCGGGCUAUCAAGCGCGAUGAUCCUGAGAACGCGCGCUUCCGCGAGGUCGGCGAGAGAGGUGGGUUGAAGUCGCUCAAUGCGCUGUUUUUGGCGGGGGAAAGGUCCGAGCCGAGUAUCAUAACGAUGUAUCAGGGGCUGCUGAAGCAGUAUGCUGGUAAGGGUGCGGAUGUGGUGGAUAACUGGUGGUCAUCCGAGUCCGGGUCUCCUAUCUCUGCUAUUUCGACUUUCCCCAACUCGGGGACGGAGCGUAAUGCGAAGACGAGGGUUGCGCCGCUGACUGUCAGGCCGGGGGGGGCGGGGAAGGCGAUGCCGGGCUUUGAUGUUAGGGUUGUGGAUGAUGAGGGGGUGGAGGUGAAGGAGGGGACGAUGGGGAAUAUUGUGAUGGCGUUGCCGCUGGCGCCGACAGCGUUUAGGACGUUGUGGGGGGAUGAGGAGAGGUUCUAUGAGGGGUAUUUGGAGAGGUUUGGGGGGAGGUGGGUGGAUACGGGGGAUUCGGGGAUGGUGGAUGGGGAGGGGUAUGUUUAUGUUAUGUCGAGGUCGGAUGACAUUAUCAAUGUUGCUGCGCAUCGGUUUAGUACUGGCACAAUCGAACAAGCCAUCUCCUCCUCCCCCCUCAUCGCCGAAUGCUGCGUCGUCGGCAUCCCCGACUCCCUCAAGGGCCACCUCCCCUUCGCAUUCAUCACGCUCUCCACGCCCUCGCACCCCACCUCCGCGACCCCCUCCCCCGCCGUCUUUGCCGAGAUCCAAGGCCUCGUGCGCUCGCAGAUCGGCGCCAUCGCGUCCCUCGGCGGUGCGAUCCAGGGGAAGAAUAUGAUACCCAAAACCCGCUCGGGGAAGACGCUGAGGAGGGUGCUGAGGGAACUCCUCGAGAAUGCGGUGCAUGGCGAGUUUGACAAGGCUGUUAAGGUGCCGGCGACGGUGGAGGAUGCGGGGGUGGUGGAGGUGGCGAGGGCGAGGAUUAGGGAGUAUUUCCAGGAGGGCGGACGGAAGCAUAAGGCGAUUGAGGGGAGGGCGAAGCUGUAG